CUCAACUCGGUUUGGAACGGUGAAAAGUCUACAUAUGUAGUCUAGGCGUGACACACAGCAUGCAUCACACAGACAUCACCAACGCUAGAUUAAUGUACUGUAUCAUCGGUCUUUUGCGUCCGACUAUGAAGGAACGGCAAGGCUCUGAGUCGAGACUGUCCAGAAGCGGGGUUUAUUAUUAUUAUCGAGAUGCUUGGUUCGUGGCGUCGAUAGUGUCUUCAGCUGAGGUCCGUUACACCUUUAACCAAUGGCCACAAUUGGCUGGCUCGCAAUGUGCACUGCAUCCGGCGUCAAAUCCCGGCCACUCAUGUUAAGUUCACUGCGGCCAGCCCCAGUCCUUAAAGGACUGCUCCUCCUUGUGAUGUCAACCAGUAUUGAGAACUUCUUUUCGAACCGACAAAAGCAAGUCCCAAUAAAACAGAAUCUAGAGAGGUAGCCAUAUCUCCAUGGCAAACCAACAUGAUCCGCCAUUCGACGUGGAGGAAGAGGGCCCCGAUUCCUUCACGAGGGAAGAGUUGCAGAAUGCAAUCCAGAACUAUGACGCUCAGCGACAGCGUUUUGACGUCGCGCCAACAACGCAGCAGAUGCUUGGGCCAUUCACUGUCUUUUGCUUGAUAAUGAAUCGCACAAUUGGCACCGGAAUCUUCACCCAGCCCGUCAAUGUCCUGAGAGAGACUGGCAGUUCCGGCGUGGCGCUCGCAGUGUGGUGUUUGGCAGGCAUUGUGAUUCUCUGCGUGGUUGUCUGCUGGCUUGAGCUAGGCUUGAGCGUGCCUAUUUACAACAUCUUUUGGAACGGAGCCUGGACCAAAGUGUCGACUCCUCGAAGUGGAGGAGACAAGAACUACCUCGAGUACAUCUUCAAGAGGCCAAGGUACCUAAUGUCCUGUGUCUUUGGCAUCGUCUUCAUCGUCUUUGGGAACCUAGCGGGCAACGCCAUCCAACUCGGUAUCUUUAUGAUGACGGUCGUCAGGGGCUGCCACGAAGAGGACACCUGCUUCACCCGAGGCGAAGUCGUUGGAUGGGCAGUCUCGGCGCUGACGCUGUGCGCGUUAAUAAACGUAUUCACGCGCAAGUAUGCCAUUGGGAUAAACAACAUUCUGGCAGUUCUCAAGGUGUUGCUUCUCUUGGCGAUGGCCUUCACCGGCAUCAUAUACGGGUCUGUCAAUGGAAAUCGCUGUCAGCAAAUCAAUUGGCACACCAAAGACGGCACUGGGAAGUUUGGAGACAUCGUCCUAGCCCUGUUCUACGCCAUGUACCCGUACACCGGCUACGAGCAACCGUUUUACGUCCUUGCUGAAGUGUCUCGGCCCAAGAAGGUUUUUGCAAAAGCCACUAUUAUCACCAUGCUUUUCACCGCCGUCCUCUACCCGCUAGUUAACGUCAGCUACCUCUGUGUGACGCCGUACAACGAGAACAACCCACUCCCUUCAAACAUGGCUCUCGCCUUUUUCGCAGGGCUCGGAGGUUCUUCAUCCAGCGACGGCAGAAGUGGACCCGAGCGGGGAGUCUCCGCUCUCCUGGCGCUCUUCACUUUCGGAAACCUCCUGGCCCAGACAUACACGGCAUCCCGAGUCAAGCAGGAGAUAGCCAAAGAGGGCAUCCUCCCGUGGUCGUUGUUUUUCGCUACCGGGAGCACCAGCAUCCUGUCCCGUCUGUCCUCCAUGGGGCGCCCUCAAAUGGCAGCAGUCUCAAAUAUCGAUGGCCACCUGGAGCAAGUACCGAUCGCCGCCACUCUCCUCCACUGGAUCUUUGAGGUGACGCUUGUCUUGGCGGUGGGAUUGGCACUUCCGCCAUCCAAGUCAUACCGCUUCUUGACGCACCUGUACACCUUCGCUGUGGUCGGGGUCCUCGGACUCUUCACUGCUGGUGGGCUCCUGUAUCUGAAACUGGACUCCCUGGUGGCGGGCACGAAGUCCAGGAAUUGGCGCACCAAAGCAGCAUGGAAGCCUUGGCUUGAUCCUCUGCCCACCGUCCUGGCUGUGGCAUCUUUGAGCCUGAUUGUCUUUGCAUCAUUCGUUAGGCCGAGCAACGUUGAGCCAGGUAGCCUGCCGUACUAUGUCGGCCCCACGGUGGGGUGGCUAAGCGUGACCUUGGGUAUUAUCUGGUGGCUGGGCUUGAAGUACGUUCAGUGGAAGGGGAGAUGGGAGUUGCACACGCGAAGAGUGCCAUACAUCGAGAUAGAUGAAGACGGGAAUUAUAUUCAGAAGGUGGAAUUUGUGGAACAUGAGAGGAUUCCGGUCGUGGGAUGA